CAAAGUCCCAGUUUCCAUUUGAGUCUCUGUAUAGCAACAAACCGUAAAUUCUCCAGUGAUCAAAUAUUAUUUGAUAAUUUGUUUUGCCGUUUUUUCCUUUGGAUUGGGCAUCAACUGCUCUCCACAAUGUUGGGCACAAAAUCCACACGUAUCAUCGCAAAAAAGGCGACGAAGGGCCAGAGCCGGGAAACCCCGAUCACGCCACUCCGUCGGGUGGUCUUCCCGCGACCGGACAUCCUGCACGGCUAUCUGGAAUAUAAGCAGAUCAAUCAGUAUCUGGAGUAUCUAUCGAAUCGCUAUCCACACUUCGUGCGCAUGUACACGUUGGGGCACACCCACGAGAAGCGUGAGAUACGGGCACUUGAGAUCAACUGGAUGAACUCGGAAAACGUAGAGUUGUCCUCGCAAAUGCGCGAGCAAUCACCUCCGCCGUGCGUGGUCGGCAGCGUUGGUCACCCAGCCGUGCCGGUGGUGCACAAAGCUACCAAUGGUCGGAACACUGUAUUCAUUGAGGCGGGAACCCAUGCCCGCGAGUGGAUCAGCAUCAGUACGGCUCUUAACUGCAUCUACCAGCUGACGGAGCGCUACACUCGCAACAUCGAUGUGCUGCGGAAGUUGCGCUUCAUCAUCGUGCCGCUGGUGAAUCCCGAUGGCUAUGAGUACUCCCGCACCAAGAAUCCAAACUGGCGCAAGAACCGACGACCCCACAAGUCCACCAAGUUCUUAGGCACGGACUGCAAUCGGAACUACGACAUAUUCUGGGCCAACGGUCCUGGCAAGAUCAACCGGAACACGUUCAAGGGCGAUCGACCCUUCUCUGAACAGGAGACGCGGGCGAUGCGGAACAUAUUGGACAGGCUCAGCCCCAACUUGUUGUUCUUCCUCUCGCUGCACUCAUACGGCCAGAGCAUCAUGUAUCCCUGGGGUUAUUCCCGCGACGCUCCGCAAUAUUGGCGCGAGCUUAGCUCAUUGGCCAACUCUGGUCGGAGUGCAAUCAAGUCGUACAAUGGUAGGGAAUACCGCACAGGUAGCAUCAGUUGCUUGACCAAGCGCACCAUCGCCGGCUCUGUGGUGGACUACGUUUACGGCGUACUUCGUGUACCAAUGGCCCUGGUGAUGGAGCUGCCGUCACGGGAACUUGGCUUCCAACCACCGGUCGAAAUGAUCAGCCAGAUUGGGCAUGAAAGCUGGUAUGGCAUCCGGGAGAUGUGUAAGCGUUCCUACGACCUGCGCACCCAGAUCAAUCGCGACGACGAGCCGCAACUGCCAGCGCUGGCACGUUACGUCUCGAAUGCCACUAACGAAGAAUCUGUUGCCCAAGUUAAUGCCUCAAAGGUCGACGAGAAGACACCGGUGGGGACCGGAGGUGGCGAUGCUGCCGAAGCCAAAUCCUUGCCCAAGAAAAAGAAACGGGUGAAGCGCUCAUUGCGGGCUCAACACGAAACCAUCCUCCGUUUGCAGAGUUCCAGGCAAGCGGCUGGACCGAAAUCUGUGCCGGCCGGACUUUUCCCGCGUCAGCUUCCAAACUCGGCACCACCGAGGAGACCCGGACGCAGUGGGGGAAGCGGUGGUGGUGAUGGCAUGCUUUUAACUACGCAUGGCAAGCUGCCCAUUUCCUCAACAAUGCCGCUGGGUGUGUUCCUCUAAUUGUGAGCCUGUUCGUGAAUAGUGCCUAGAUGUUUCAGUUUUAAAUUAAAGUAAAAAAUUUACAUUUUA